AGUAGUUAAGUCUAUCAGAGACGAGACAGGAUAAAAGAGGCACUGAGUUUACUUCAGCCCACAAAACCGACAGACUGCCUGCAGUUAGAUGUCCGUGGGCUGGUGUGUCCCAGUCAGGUUGCGGGUCUCAAAGCAGGGGUUUUCUUCUACUGUGCUGCUUUAGACCUGUCUGUACCACUCAUAAAUUGUGGAAAUACUGAAGCAGAAGAGCAGUUCAGCUUCACCUGCCAUUUCAGCUUACUCUGACAUCCAGGUUUCCUUGACUUGACUCCUUGGAAGGCAGGAAGGUCCUGGUUUUAAAAUUAUAUCGUGCCUUGUAGCAAAACCACUGGAGUGCUUAUGUUGCCUGUGCAGACUUCUUGCAUGUUUUUGAAUAGCUUGUUGUAAUGAACCUCUUGGACUGUGUGCAGUGUGUAUUUUUUUGUUUUAAUGAGGUAUUUGCCUUGCAGCUCAGGAGUUGUGUCUGUAGCUGUUUCCUGCUCAAGCUGUGGGGCUCUGUUGGGUUUCAUGGGGAUUUUGCUCCAGAGACCAUGCAGAAGCCAGGAUCUUGGCCACUGCAUUUUUUUCUUGCCCAGCCUGCAGCUCUGAUCUCCGGUUUGCUGGCUGACCAUGAGCAGUGGACAGGAAGAAGACACAAAUUCCUGGAAUCCCUCUGCUGCAUGGAGGGAGAUGUGCCAGUGGACAGAAUUGUACUCAAUUACUUUAUAGUGGCCAGGCAAAUACUCUUUUAAAGAAAUGUCUUUUAAGCAAAGCUAGAAAGCAAAAUGGUUUUCUAGAAACCAGAAUGCAGAGCCCUAAUCUGACUGCAGGUGACUGUUGUACUUGGGGAAGGGAGAGGCUUGUCAUCACAUUUUGUGUGCUGAAGUAUGUUGCCAACCAGAUGCCAGCCAGCUUCUCUCCAGCCUCACCUGACCAUAGGGCAGGAGCCAAACUUGUCUGUCCAUUCCUCAGAGUGGGACUGCAAAUGCAUUCUAUGAAUAAGUUGUUCAGGAUUGCUCUCUCUUUAUUUAAUAAAAUCAAAAACUGUUCACAUGUAUUAUGAAAUAGCUCAAAUGGAGGUAGCCCAAAGUGCAGUAGUAGAGAAGCAGCACUUUCUUUGAGUGCUUCAAUAUUAGUGGGAUGGCAGUGAGAAUAAGCAGAAUGAGCACUAGUCAUGGAUUCAGUGUCUUGUGUAAUCACCUCUAGAGUACCACUGAAGUCCAGUUACAGCACUCUGCCAACUUUGGACUUGUAAGAUUCCUUCGUCCUUAUUGUUAAACUAAAACAUAGAAACCAUUCACUAAGGGUUUGAAAACCUAGUUUCACAGAUUUGUCACGCAGAUACUAGCUGACUGAUCUUCUAACCCUGGCAUGUUUAUAUAUAUGUGGUCACAUGAUGCAGAUAAAACAACAUGUAUGACUAUAGUUGAAUAUUAAGAUUGACUGCUCUCCUAUUCUGUGCAGCAGUGAAGUCCUAGAAAUAUAGAUGACUCCUAAAAUCUGCCUAAAAACUGUCUUGAUGUAGUGCAUAUGGACAAAACAGAACUACUGAUUAAGUUGAGCAAGAUUUUUGUUGCAGAAACUGUGCUCUGGCUCAAGAAUCAUACUAAAACAGGCUAGUUUUACCUGCUGCUGGGAGAGUUGCUGUUGGUUUGCUGUGGUUCUUUUAAUGGAAGUAGAGUUGAGGUGACAUUUGUGCCUCUUCAGUUUGCUGCUUUUAUUACUUCAACCUUUAUUAGGGACUGUAGAGACACAUCUUUUUUUUUCUCCCUGACUGUUCUUGAGCAUAUAUUUUGGGUUAUGCCAUUAAUUUUUCAUUCUCACCCAUUUCUUUUUACUUCUUGCAGUUCUCGUGUGGUUGGUUGUUGAAAAUAAGCCUACGCUGCAGGAAUGCAGAAGAAGCAACAGCCUGAGGCUGCUGCAGACCCAAUGUCGUCCUCUGAUGCACCAGAAGAUGGCCCAAAGGAAACGUCAAGUGUAUCACAGAAUAUCUCUGAUGCAGAUGCAUUUAAAAUUCUACUGGAGAUGAAGCUGAAGAAGAGGCAGAAAAGACCUGCUUUACCAAGCACUGUGACUGAGCUUGACACUGAGGAUGGUUCUAAAGUAUAUGUGGUUGGAACAGCCCACUUCAGUGACAGCAGCAAAAAGGAUGUAGUAAAGACGAUACAAGAAGUGCAACCUGAUGUAGUUGUGGUGGAACUGUGCCAGUACAGAGUUUCUAUGUUAAAGAUGGAUGAAAAGACAUUACUAAAAGAAGCCAAAGAAAUAAAUCUGGAAAAACUUCAACAAGCUAUAAAGCAGAACGGCGUCAUGUCUGGAUUGAUGCAAAUGCUGCUUCUGAAGGUUUCUGCUCACAUCACAGAACAGCUGGGAAUGGCCCCAGGAGGAGAAUUCAGGGAGGCUUUCAAAGAGGCCAGUAAAGUACCUUUCUGUAAAUUCCACCUCGGAGACCGACCCAUCCCUGUUACAUUUAAGAGAGCAAUUGCUGCGCUUUCCUUCUGGCAAAAAGUCAAGCUUGCUUGGGGCCUUUGCUUCUUAUCUGACCCCAUCAGUAAAGAUGAUGUGGAGAAAUGCAAACAGAAGGACUUACUGGAACAGAUGAUGGCAGAAAUGAUUGGAGAAUUCCCUGAUCUUCAUCGAACUAUUGUCUCCGAACGAGAUAUUUACUUGACCUACAUGCUGAAGCAAGCAGCAAAACAGAUAGAACUACCUCGAGCUUCAGAAAAUGAACCUAGAAAAUAUAUCCCAGCUGUUGUAGUUGGUGUUGUUGGCAUGGGUCAUGUACCUGGAAUUGAAAAGAACUGGAAUUCUGACUUAAAGAUCCAGGAAAUAAUGAGUGUGCCUCCUCCAUCAGCUUCAAGUAAGAUUUUGAAAUUUGUUUUAAAAGCAACAGUUUUUGGACUGCUGGGAUAUGGCUGCUACCGAAUAGGUCACAGGACAGUUCAGUUUGUUCUCUCAAUGCCAGCAACACAGAGCUAUCUUCAGAGGCUGACAGAGGUGCCUCAGCAGUGAACAUCAAGUAGAGGCUCUGUGUGAAGAAGGUGGCUGAAGACAGGCUGAUGGAGGCAACGUGUGAGCUGGACUGAAGGAUGAGGAUUCUAGUCAGAGCUGAUUGACGCUGAGCAACACUCAAUCACUAUAUAAUAAAAUAUUUGAUACACCAGCUAUGAUCUAAUCAAUAGUUUUGAUUCUUGAUAGGUGUGUUGCAUGAUACUAGAUGAUUCCAGAUUGAGGUGAAAGAAAUGUGUAUGCAAAUAUAUAUAUAUUAUAUGUGCAU